AUGGUUCAAGCGCCCGCAGUUGUCGAAGUCUCGCUCGCUCGCAAAAGGAGCGAGGAUACUGACGAUAAGAUCCUCACCACCCUCGUCGGCUUGGCGGAGCGCCUAACGAAGCUUGAGUCGUCGCAGCGCGUCCGCGACGAAGAUGAGCUGAUUCUAGGCGCUGUCGAAAAUUGCAUUUUCACUUCCGCCCUUGGCGCAAAAUGCGCGAUCGACCAAUGA